CUCAUUCACUCCGCUAUUGUUCCCCUGAGGACCGGCUGCUGACCACAUACCUGAAGACGUUUGCAGGAGGCAGACAUGGACAAAGGUGCAAGACCCAACUGGGACAACCCCAUGCAGUUUGUGCUGGCAUGUGUAUCAUAUGCGGUCGGACUUGGAAACGUGUGGCGAUUUCCAUACCUCUGUCAAUUGCACGGUGGAGGGGGGUUCUUGAUACCAUACCUCAUCAUGCUGUUUCUGGAGGGUGUUCCUUUAUUCUACCUGGAGCUCGCCAUUGGUCAGAAGAUGAGUCUGGGCAGUAUUGGGGCAUGGACUGCCAUCAGCCCUUAUCUGGGAGGAGUGGGUCUCGCUAGUGUUGUGACAUCCUUGUAUCUUUGUCUGUAUUACAACAUCAUCAAUGCAUGGAGUUUCUGGUACCUCUUCCAUUCUUUUCAAUCAGUUCUCCCCUGGGCAGACUGCCCCAUCAAUUCCAAUCGGACAGGACCUAUAGAGGAGUGUGAAAGGGCUACACCCACCCAGUACUUCUUCUACAGGGAAACACUGGACAUCUCUUCUUCUAUUGAAGUGAAUGGAGGCAUUCAUACAGGCCAGGCACUGUGCCUCGUGCUUGCCUGGUUGAUUACCUACCUGUUCAUUGUCCGAGGAGUAAAGUCAACUGGAAAGGUGGUGUACUUCACAGCCACAUUUCCAUAUGUGGUCCUCUUCAUCUACCUUAUCCGGGGCAUGACUCUUCAUGGCGCCAUAAAUGGUGUCAAAUACAUGUUCACACCCAAGAUGGAACAGCUUGCCAACCCCACAACAUGGAUCAAUGCAGCCACUCAAAUCUUUUUCUCUCUGGGUUUGGGUUUUGGGUCACUCAUUGCUUUUGCCAGCUACAACCAGUACAACAACAACUUCGAGCGCCAGGCCAUCAUUGUUUCCCUUAUCAACAGUGGAACCUCCAUCUUUGCGAGCAUUGUCACCUUUGCCAUCUAUGGGUUCAAGGCCACCGUCAACUACGAGAACUGUCUGGAGAGGACACGCUUGCUGCUGCUAAAUGCCUUUAGUCUAGCAGAAGACAGUAUCACCAUGGACACUGUCUUUGAUUGGAUUGAGAAGCUGAACACAACAUACCCACAACAGUUUGCUGAAAUUGCUGACAAACUGGAAAACUGUGACCUGGAGAGUGAACUAGACACCGCAGUAGAGGGGACAGGUCUGGCCUUUAUAGUGUACAGUGAGGCCAUUAUGAAUAUGCCAUUGUCUCAGCUGUGGUCAGUGCUGUACUUCAUCAUGCUCCUGCUGUUGGGAAUGGGCAGCAUGCUGGGCAACGUCACUGCCAUCGUCACCCCACUACGAGACUUCAAGAUCACGUCCCGCAUGAGCAACGAGUUGUUAAACGGUUUAGUGUGUUUGUUCUGUCUGCUGCUGGGCCUAGGCUUCACCACCCCGUCAGGGAAUUACUGGUUUACCAUGUUCAACGACUAUGGAGCCACUUUCUCCCUGCUGUUCAUUGUCCUCAUUGAGGUCAUAACUGUCAGUUACAUUUAUGGAAUUAAAAGAUUUGAAAAAGACAUAGAAGACAUGCUCGGUCAUCGUCCCAACUGGUACUGGAAGAUAAUGUGGUCAGUAACCAGUCCCGUUCUCCUUAUUGCCCUCUUCAUUUUCUACAUUAUCAACUACAUCAAGGGAGGGACACCCACCUACCAAGCAUGGAACAAAGAGCUGGGGAAGUCAGAGGUGAUGGAGUAUCCUGUCUUUGGUCAACUCUUCAUCGGGCUGCUAUUGGUGUCAUCAGUCAGCUGUGUUCCCCUCACAGCUCUGUAUGUCUACUGCAGGAAGAGGAAAUAUGGAAACCAUCAUAAGAGGCAGCGUCCUGUCAGCACGGUAUCUACUUAGUGACCAGAUGAUGACAGAGACUAACCUCCCACCAUUACCAGCUAAAGCCACAGUACAUCAUUUAUUAUCUAUUACAUGGAGGGACAGUGGUACAUAAUCAGUGGGCAUUUGUGUUUUCUCUUCGCUCUCACCAAAUUUCACAUCACUGAAGUCACUUUUGAGUUGUUCUCCCUGCAAGAGGACCUCUUUUACUGUAGUGAACAAGGCCCUUUUGCAGCAGGAAACACAAGACAAAUUGGAGGCAUGGGGACAUAGAAUCCAGAUGAAAAUCAGGUUAAACCUCCCUACUGUUUUUUAAAAAGAAGUCUGGGUAUUCAAAAUCUGGUGAAUAUAUUAUUGUAAAAAGAUUUCUCAGUAUUAAAAUCACACAAUACCUUUCAUUUAUGUUAAAGGUCCAGUGUGUAAGAUAAGGGAAGUCAGACUUCUGAGCCGGAUUCAAAUCAAUAAUAUAUUUAUACUGAAAGAGAUUCAGCACAUUCCAAAUAGAGUACGAUCAGUCUCAGCUAGCAAUCUCUACAGCUUUUGUUAUGUUAUGUUAUUAGUGUGUAAAUAGUUUGUUUAAUUGCAAAUUGCAACAUUUACAGGAAAAUAUGGUUGUAAUUCCAUUUUUAGUAAAGCUUUAUUUCACAGUCUGCUAAUUACCUGGCAUUUACUAGGAAACUAGAUGGUAACAAAAUAUAGUAUAUUAGGAAAAUACCAAAAGAACUGUCUAGUAAGUACAAAGUGAUUACCUAGUAAGUACAUGGAAACCUAUCAGGAAAGUCAUCAUCAUCAAGCAUACUUUCAGAUUGGCAGUAUAUGGUUUAUAAAGUAUAUAAAACUCACCAAUGUAUAGUAAGAACAAUGAACCUUGUGGUAUUUCCACAUACAUACUGUGGUAUUCUCUAGUAUGCAAUCUGUACCUAGAGAUAAUAACUAAGUUCUUACUAACCAUUUAUUUGGGUAGUUCCUUAAUCAGGCAAUUUUUACUAUCUAGUUUCCUGGAAGGUUUUCAUGUACUUACUAGGUAAUAACUUAGUAUUUCCCAUCCUUUUUAUUAUAGGUAAGUGUACGUAUGUAUGUAGGUUUGUAUCACCUUGAUUCCUUAUCAUCUAGUUUACUGGAACGUUUCCAUGUAUUUACUAAGUAAUAACUUUCUACUUAAAAGCCAGUUCUUAUGGUACUUACUUACCUAAUAACUGUAUUUUGUUAUCAUCUACGUUCCUAGUAAUUAGCAGACUUUAAAAUAAAGCAUUACCCAGUUGUUUUUCAUAUGAUGCUAGUUUACUAAAUGGACAUAAUGAUGGAUGUAUGUAGAUAUGUAGCAAUGGCUCAGUGGGUUAUGAUUGUAGUAUCUUAUCUUAUACUGCAAAGACAUGACACAAGUCAUGUUGUUUCAUAUUCAGCCUUAAAUAUGCAUUCCUCUUAUCAAUGGGGUGAGCUAAUUCAGGGUCAAGUCAAGUUUGUUUGUACAAAAAUAAACAAAAUCCCCCAGUGGGAUUAUAGUCCAACAAUAGGAUUAUAGGAGUCCAGCACUGUUGCAGUUUACCGUGAUUCAGGAAUUUUCUAAAAGUGAGUACUUUGCUCAGAAAAGAGCAGUUUACCUCACUAGUACCAAAACAUGACACUUGAUUGUAGAGUGCACUGCCGACAAAAAAGAUCACAACACAAUGCUGACACUUUCUGUUGUUGACAAUAAGAUGUAAGACUCAAUUUAGUUAAAGUCAACUGUAUUUGUAUCACGUAAAAUCAUAAUAGAAGUUAUCUCAGUAUACUUUUCAUACAGAGCAGGUCUAGACGGUACUCCUUAUAAAAUUAUUUACAGAGACCCAACAAUUCCCACCAUGAGCAAGCACUUGACUGAUUAAGGUGUAGUUCUUGUAACAGUCUACUCAUCUAAUAAUAGCUUGUAUAGAGUUGUCUGGUAAUGUGUACUGUUUGUAAGAAGAUUGUACAAAUGGUCUGUUUUUCCUACGUAUUAAAUAUUUUUUGAUAAGUACUUUUAUAUCUGUUUUAAAUGGGUUGGAUAUGCCAUUUAUGAAAAUAGAUCUACGGUGCCAAAUAUAAUCUGAAUACUGAAAUAUUUGCUUUAUACACCCUCAAAUAUGUAAAAUGUGUACAUACUGUAAAUAUGUGUCUUCUAAUGAUCUAAUGAUGGGAGCCUCAAGAAAUAUGGGAUUUUUUGUGUCACUGGCUUAAUGAGAUCUUAGUAACUCAAAUAGUCAGUGAACUGCUAAUAAAAAGUAGUUUGAUGUCUAUUCAAAUCAAAAAUGUCAUUAACAUGAAACAUGUCAUGAGUAGUUGUAAUCGUAUGAGCUUUUUAUUUUCAUAGGAUGUGAUUAAUUUUUUAUUAAAGAAAAAUAAUGACGUUAAUAA